UCAGGAGUCAGGACCCUUGUUUGCCUAUACGCUGCCAGCCUGCCUUUUCUAAGUUCUUCUUCCAUCGCUCCACCCCCACCCCCUUCUCUCUCGUAGCAACGUUUGGGGCGCCGUCGCUGCCGCUCUACUCGGGUGCCCAGGUCUUGUUCGGGCCCUUCGCCGGCGAGCCAGGGGACACUUUCUUUGGUAUGAGAGGAUCAAUGUCCAAUUAUUAUGAUGAUUACGACGACAUUGAUGAGAUUGAGGAUGACUAUGAUAUGGAUGAUCCUGCUGAUGACAUGGUAGACGAGCAGCGAGGGGUUAGGGAUUCUGAUGCGGAGGAUAAUGAUUAUGGACAACCAGUGUGUAUCCUUUUCUUUUUGUCAUAUAUUGAGUCUUCAAAACUUUUUUGAGAUAGGCUGAUAGGCAGGUAGAACGUUAUCGUCUGGUAGCUACAAGUUUGCAUCAUUUGAAUGCUGAUUUAGCAUAUCUCUUACAUAUCCUACAUCAACUACUUGCAACAGUAGCACAGCACGAAGCAAAUCAGUUAGAUAUUUAUUUGCCGCAUGAUGCACCAAUGUUACAUUGUUACCCCACAUGCUACUUGUACCAGUAGCACUAUAUGCUUUUCUCAUGUGCAAAUAUUAUUGUCUAGGUAGCAUGUAGUUCCGCUGAUGUAGUGAUGUACACCAAUGUUCUAGUUUUUCAUACUGCAUGUACUUGAUAGCUUCACACGUUGUCUGUUUUCUUUAAUAUAGAGUGAUGUCCUCAUACGGUUGCAAAAUAAUGACAAGAUCCCAGAUACUUCAUCAGCAGAUGCAAGAAAUGGAAGGGACAUUCAAGGAAUACCCUGGGAGCAGCUAAACAUAACCCGUAAAAAAUAUAGACAGUCCAGAUUAGAACAGUACAAAAAUUAUGAGAAUGUACCUAACUCUGGAGAAGAAGCUAUGAAGGAUUGCAAGCCAACAGAGAAAGGUGGAAUGUACUAUGAGUUCAGACGAAAUACUCGAUCGAUUAAGUCAACUAUUCUACAUUUUCAGCUUCGAAAUUUGGUAUGGGCUACGUCCAAGCAUGACAUCUACCUAGUAUCACAUUACUCAAUUCGUCAUUGGUCAGCAUUGAGUGGUGUCGAUACUGAACUUAUCAACGUCCAAGGACACGUGGCACCAAGGGAGAAGCAUGCAGGAAGUUUAUCAGAGGGUUUUUAUCAGACUCAAGUUAGUACCUUGGCAGUCAAGGACAAUUUACUGGUAGCUGGUGGGUUUCAAGGAGAGCUGAUCUGUAAACACCUUGAUCGGGAAGGUAUUAGUUUUUGCUGUCGAACAACUUAUGAUGAUAAUGCUAUUACAAAUGCGGUUGAGAUAUUUAAUACCUCUAGUGGCGCUGUUCACUUCAUCGCAUCAAAUAACGAUUCUGGUGUGAGAUACUAUGACAUGGAGAGAUUCCAGCUAUUCAAGCAUUUGCAGUUUGAAUGGCCAGUGAAUCAUGCUUCUUUGAGUCCUGACAGAAAGGUCGUUGUUAUUGUCGGUGAUGAUCCUGAUGGUCUACUUAUUGAUGCCAACUCUGGAAAGACACUCCAUUCCAUAAAAGGACAUCGGGACUACUCAUUUGCAUCGGCUUGGAGCCCUGAUGGGCGAACAUUUGCUACUGGCAACCAAGACAAGACAUGCCGAAUCUGGGACGCGAGGAAUCUCUCAAAAUCCGUCCAUGUGUUGAGGGGUAACCUUGGAGCCAUCCGGUCCAUCCGCUUCACCUCGGAUGGCCAGUUCAUGUCCAUGGCUGAACCUGCUGACUUUGUGCACGUCUACGACGUGAAGAGUGACUACAACAAAAGGCAGGAGCUGGACUUCUUUGGCGAGAUAUCCGGCACAUCGUUCAGCCCAGACACUGACGCGCUUUUCGUUGGCGUGUGGGAUAGGAUGUAUGGCAGCCUGCUUCAGUUUGGCCGCCUGUACAACUACUCGUAUCUUGACUCCGUGUUUUGAUGUGGAACCAAACGGAUGUUGGACUGUUGGGUUUGGUGUGCCGCGGUUCUCUGAAUGUUGUCAGCAUGAUUAGGCGGUUAUCCUUAUAUCAGGAUUUUAAGUUGACAAAGAUAAUUGAAUUAAUAAAUGUUGUACCGUGCCCGAUGUGUAUAUAUAAAAGAAAUGUAUACAUAUGCCUAUUCAGAUACCGAGUUGAGAUGUGACUUGGUCUA